AUGGCAAAUUGUAUCGACAAAAAAAAGUCUACAUCAUAUAUUACACAGAAUAGUGAGCACUCUGAAAGUAUUGAAAGUACUAAAAGUAGAAAUAGUAUUAUAAAUGGAAAUGUUUUAAGAUGGCAUAAACUUAGUUCCUCUUCAAUAAAUGAUAUAAAAAAUGAAUUGAAAAAUGGACAAAAAACUGAUACAUCAGAAAGUAGUAUAUCCUAUUCUAAUAGUAGCAAUAUAACUAAGGAUAGAGACAUAAGUAUUGAUAAGGAUAGUUGGGAAUAUCUUGAAAAAAAUAAAGUUGCAUCCGUGUUAUAUAAAAAUUGUAUAUAUAUAUUUGGUGGAUAUAUACCAAAGGAAAGACUAAACUAUUUUUAUAAAUAUAAUAUAGUUGAAAAUAAAUGGAUUAAGAUGAUUAAUAAUAAUUGUCCAUUAAAAAGUGAAAGUAAUUCAGCUUUUUUAUAUAAAAAUAAAAUGUAUAUAUUAUGGGAGUAUAAUGGGAAAAGGAGAUGGUCAAAUGAUUUAUAUUAUUUCGAUUUUAAUAAAGAAAUAUGGGAUAUUAUGAAAAUUAAAAAAAAUAAAAAAAUUAAUAAUACACAUUGUCCACCUCCAACAUUGUUUGGUUUUUCAAUAUCUGUUGACGAUGCGUCAGGUUUGGUGUAUAUAUUUGGGGGAUACAACGGAAAACAUUUAAGUAAUGAAUUGUAUAUUUUAAAUUUAAAUCAUAAAAACUGGAUUAAAGCAAAGCAAAGUGGCGAUAUUCCUAAUCCUAGGGCAUAUACAAUAAGUCACAUAUUUGAUGGAUACUUUUAUAUUUUUGGAGGAUAUAACGGAGAAAGGUGCUUAAAUUCUUUUUAUGAAUAUCAUAUAAAAUCUGGAAUUUGGACAAAAAUUAAAUAUAAUGUGGAUACAGAAAUGUUAGAUAAAAACUCGAAUGAGGAUAUUAAAAAUAUUAAAAAAAAAACAAAAAGUUACACAUAUUGUAAUAACAUAGAAGACAAAUUACCAAUGCCUAGAUGCUUGAUGGGAUCUUUUUUAUAUAAUAAGUGUAUAUAUAUAUUAGGAGGAUAUAAUACUAUCUUUUGUGGAAAUUUAUACGAUUUUUAUAAAUAUAAUAUUCAUGAAAGAACAUGGGAAAAAUUGAUUACAGAAAAUAAUUGCUCACAAAAUAAUAUGAAUGUUCAUUUUUAUAAAAAUGUUAUAUAUUGUAUUGGAAAAUUUAAUGAAAAAAACAUUUUAAACAACAUAUAUGCAUUAAAGUUAGAAAAUAUAUAUGUUGCACCUUCAGGAUUAUUAGACCAUUACAAAAAUAUGGUUAAUAACUCUUCGUUUUCGGAUGUUGUUUUUAUUUUACAAAACCGACAUAUUUAUGGAUGCAAAAAUAUUUUAUCAUCAAGAUCUCAUUAUUUUAAAUCCCUAUUUAAUAUUCAUAUUUCAGAAAAAAAUAAAAAAAUAAUAAUUAACGGGAUUAACAAAAUAGUCGACACAAAUCUCCAUGACCCUAUAAUUUACAUACCAAUUAACGACAUAAAUUAUGAUGAAUUUUUAAUUAUUAUUGAUUAUCUUUAUACAGACAAUUUCCCCUCUGAUUGUACACUUGAAAUCUAUAUACAAAUUUUAAUAUUAGCUAUAAGCAGGUUUCAAUUAUUCAGAUUAGCACAAUUGUGCGAACAAGCCAUUACAAAUAAAAUAGAUCGAUAUAACGUUUUUAAUAUUUUAUUUAUAAGCUAUAGAAAUGAAUCAAAACAAUUAUGCAAAUUCUGCAUUGAUUUUAUUAUACACAAUAAUUUAUUAGACAAAGAGAAAAUUAAUAUGCUUACAUUAGAACCUCAUUUAUUGGGGGAGUUUUAUAAAAAAUCUCUAUAUAAUUAUAUUAGCUAG